AUGCUUAGCCCGGGCGAACUGACGCCUGGAAUCACCGCCCUUGAAUAUGCGCAACGUCGAUCGAAGCUCGCCAACAAGCUACCUAAAGGCGCAAUUGCGGUGCUAGCUGCCUCGGAGGUCAAGUACCGUGCGCAAGGUAUCUUCAAUGAGUACCGCCAGGACUCUAAUUUCUUUUACCUAACGGGAUUCAACGAACCGAAUGCACUGGCGAUUAUCGGCAACGACGGCUCUGGCGAUAACCAUAUCUUCCAUUUAUACGUGCAGGAAAAGGAUCCUAAGGCAGAACUCUGGGACGGGGCGCGCUCCGGCACCCAGGCUGCUGUGGAUGUCUUCAAUGCCGAUGAGACAGGAAAUAUUGAACGCAUUGGAGAUAUUUUGCCGAGCAUUAUCCAGGGAGCAACGGAGGUUUACUCGGAUAUCCCCACAUUUGAUGGCUCUAGGUCAUCUUUGAAUCGGUACCUGUAUGGGCCAACAGUCGCAUCAGAAAAGUUGAAGAAGGUCAUCGAUGGCCGCAGGGUCAAGCCGUUGAAGCAUAUGCUCAAUGAAAUGAGGGUGUUCAAGAGUGAGAAUGAGGUUGUACAGAUGCGCCGACUGGGACAAGCGGCAGGGAGAGCUUUCACCGAGUCUAUGCGACAGGGCUUUACUCGCGAAAAAGACCUCUAUUCCUUCCUCGAGUACCAAUUCAAGGUCAAUGGUUGUGAUGGGAACGCAUUUGUCCCGGUUGUUGCGGGUGGGCAGAAUGCCUUGGCUAUUCAUUACACCCGAAAUGACGAUAUAUUGAAGGAUGGCGAUUUGGUUCUCGUUGAUGGCGGUGGUGAAUGGGGAACCUAUAUUUCCGACAUCACUAGAACGUGGCCUGUCAAUGGCAAGUUCUCUGAUCCCCAGCGGGAUCUGUACAAUGCUGUGCUCAACGUGCACCGGCGCUGUCUCGCUUUAUGCCGCGAGACCUCCAAUCUUUCUCUAGACAAACUUCAUGGCAUCGCCGAGACUGGAUUGAAAGACGAGCUCAAGUCGCUUGGCUUUGAUCUUUCCGGCAAUGCACUCAAUGUUCUCUUUCCGCACCAUCUAGGCCACUACAUUGGUCUGGAUGUUCAUGACUGCCCUGGGUAUUCUAGAGGCUACGACCUGAAAGCAGGUCAAUGUAUAACAAUUGAACCGGGUAUUUAUGUUCCUGACGAUGAAAGAUGGCCUGCCCACUUCCGCGGGAUCGGAAUUCGUAUUGAGGAUAGUGUUUGUGUCGGAGACGAACACCCGAUUGUUUUAACCCCAGAGGCUGUCAAGGAGGUUGAGGACAUUGAGGCACUGCGUAGUUAG